AAGUUUUAGUUCAGUUCCAGUUCGAGUUGUGUUCAGUACGACGGCAGCGUGCAACGUGCACAGUUUGGCAACGCAGAGAGGAAAAACUCAGUUCAGCAAAUAGCAAAUCAAGUGGUUAAAAAUUAAAACAGUUUCAUUUCUUUUAAACCAAAACUUAAUUAGUGUGGACUGUUACAACUACGGCAACUCAAAAAAAAAAAACAACCCCACAUUUACACAAACAAACAACGAAAUACGAAAAGUGCUGUUAAAAUAAAUAUUUAAUUCAAAAACUUUAAAAACCUACAGUUUAAUCACUUCCACUUAAUUUGCAGAGUGACAGUGGUGUUUAUAUCUUUAAUCGAACGCCUCAGUCGUCGCAUGUUUGCAUAUAGAACUGUUUACAUUCGUGAACUUAAUUAGUGUUUCAUAAAGAAAUUUUGGAAUAAGCAAAUCAGCAGUUUACAUGAUAUCCUUCAACAGAUUUUCAAGAAAGUGGUAAAGCAUUAUAACUGUUAAUAUAGAACAAAGGUAGCAGCAGCAGCAGCCACAAUAACAACAAGCACAGCAAAUAAGGCACACACGACACGACUGCCAAACGUCUGCCCUCACGCACUUCAUCAUCGCGCAGCACCGUGCACUCAUACAUCCAGCAAAGCACACACACCCGAGCACGCGAGCACUUUAUUGAGCACAAAAUGCGAAGUUGCCAUUUAAUUGCGCUGUCGAUUGGCGUUUGUGUGGCAACACUGGCGCUAAUACCAGCCACCGUGUGCGCCACGACAGAGGUGCAGGAGACGCCAUUGGCGUUGCCAGUCGCCGAACAGACACAACCGACCACGGCUACACCGGGCGAAAUUUGGGAGGAAGACGAUCAUGAGAUUUUGAUACGUAACGAACGCGGCACAAAGAGUGAUGGUCUCUCCUGUCGUUAUGGCAAAAAUCCAUGGACCGAAUGUGACCAGAAAACCAACACACGCUCACGAACGUUGACAUUGAAGAAGGGCGAUCCGGCAUGCGAUCAAACGCGAACCAUACAAAAGAAAUGCAAAAAAGCCUGCCGAUAUGAGAAGGGUUCCUGGUCUGAGUGUGCCACCGGUCAAAUGACACGCGCUGACAAAUUAAAGGCGACCAGCGAUCCAUCGUGCGAAGCAACACGUGUCAUUAAGAAGAAUUGCAAACCCGGCAAGUCCAAGGAUAAGAGCGCCAAGGAGCAGCGUAAGAAUAAGGAUAAAGGUGUACGCAAAGCACGCGCCUAAUUCCAGAACAACACACUAAAAACCCAGCGAAUUGUUUCAAUUUGAAUUCAAAAACAAGAGUCAAAAAAAACAACUGCUGAAUUGAUUGAAACAUAAUGCAAAACACAAACAAAAAAAACGCAUGCAAGAACCACAAACACAAACAACAACAACAUAAACAAAAAUGAAUGCACAAAAACGGAGGAAAAAGGGGAAGAGAGCAAUUCAUUUUUAAAAACAAACAACAAUAACAAAAACACUACUAACUGACAGACUUCUUACAAAAAACCACAACAACAACCACACAUACAAGAAAACAAAGAAGUAAAACGAAUAAUAGAUAACAAAAAAACAAAUAAACCAAGAGACGAAAAUGAAAGCAAAAAAUAGAAGGUAAAAUUAAAUUAAAUUAAAUCCGACUUAAAAAGUUAUAUAAAAUUACUCAAUAAAUACAUAGCUACAGCAGAGUGUCAUUACAAAAACAAUUAAUAAAAGUGUGAACCCUUAAAAACGAAAAAAACACAAAACUAUUUAUAGAGAUCUCCAAAAUUUGAUUACAACAAAAUAGUAAAUACUGAAAAAAAAACAAAAACACAUUAAUAAGUUUAAAAAAUUUAAUUAAAAGACAGACUUAUAUACCAAAUAUAUAUAUAUACAUAAAUAUAUAUAUAUAUACAUAUAUAUAUAUACAUUAAGAGUUGCUAAAAAACAAGAAGAGUUGCAAUUACAUACCAAAAACAAAAACAAAAAUAAAUAAUAAUUAAAAAUUAAAAAUUAUUGAAAUGAAAAUAGGAGAAAGUAAACUUAUAUACAUACAUACACACAUACCGUAAGUAAGAAUGCAGUUAAAUGGACCGAAAUCGGCAGCCGAGACGAAACGCGACGAGAUGGACUCGAACCACACACACACACACACACAGCAAUGUGUGUCGCCUCUCUGUGGCUGUGGUUUUGCAUGCAGGCGCGGCGAGUUCACAGAGCGAGCGUGAGCGAGUAAAUUUAAAUUUUAUUAAAAUUAAAACAACUAAAAGUAAAUUAAAAUUUUAAAAAUGCAUGAAAGCAAGUAAAAAUGCGAAUGCAUUUAAAUUAAGAAUUAUUACUUAUAUACAUACGAUACAUUAUGAGGAAGUAAAACAACAACAAAAUAAACAAAAAACGAAAAAUAUUAAAUGAAAUGAAACAAAUUUAAAUUAUACAUAUUUGUUUUACACAAAAAGAAAUUAAGAUAUUAAUUUAGAAAAAAAGCCAAAUCCAAAAAAAAUAGAAAUAAAAAUUUUACUAUAAAAGUAAACUAGAAGUUGAAAACAAUUAAAUAUUAAACAAUUUCCAAGAAAAACCCCAUUUUACCGAAUAUAGUGAAUAAAUUACAAAUAUUUGCAUUUCUAUGCUGACAGAGAACUAAUUAAAAAACCGUUACAAGCAAACAGGAAACACGCGUGAAAGCAGAUAUUCAAAACAAAAACUACGAUAACUUUUUUUUUGCGCUCAAAGGUUUUAUUUACAACAACAUUUUUAUGACUUGAAAGCUGCAACAAAUUUAUUUUUCCUUUUACUUACAAUAAAAGGCCCGCUUCAACUUUAUACACUGAAAAAAUUCAUAUAAUUUUGGUGAGUUUAAUUUUUUGUUAAUCAUUUUUUAUAUUUUUAUGUGUAGUAUUCUUUGCAAUUUUUAUAUAUAUUUUUAAAUUUUCUAAAAUUUUUGAUCUUUAAUUUAAUCAAUUCAUUCAUAUUAUUAUUAUAUGCGUAUAAAUUACACACUUAAUUUAGUCAAUUAACCAAUUUUGCUAUGAUUUUCAGUGUAGAAAAUUUUGAUAAUUUACUACAUUAAGAGUUUGUCUCAAAUAUCUAGAAUAGAAACGAUUUAAAAAAUAUAAGUUUCAUAUGUUAAUUCUUUUGUUUUAAUAUUAUUUAAUUUUCCACUCAGUAAACAGACCUCGUAUUUUACAUACCACCAAACAAAGUUCGCUUCAUUUUCCCUAUUGAGUUAAUUUCGGAAGUAAGUGCUCACGUGAUGCUUUAUUUAGUCCAUUAUCAAAUUACUUGCACGAACAAGUAUAGGUGAAAAUUGCUAAUUUAAUUAAAUUUAGCUUAUCCAAAGAGUAAACAGACCUUCUGGCAGUUACAUUUCAGAAAGUCCCCUAAUUUAGUCAUUAGCAACUUAUUCACACUAAUAUCUACUGUGAUAAAAUUGCUAAUUGACUCAUUUGUAGGCCUGUCAAAUAUUCUUAAACGGAACCAAUUAACUCAUUAUAGAGAUUAUGUCAUAGAACGGGCAUUGCUUGCGCCAAUCACUGUGAAAGAAAACACUAAAAUUGAUUUAAUUUAAUAAAAUAUUGUUUAGAGUCCUUUCAGUCAGCCUCAUAACUUAGUCAAUGAGUAAUAUGUCUGUACUAGAAUGACAAAGGAAAAUCUGUUAAUUGACUCAUUUAGAAGCACUCUGUAGUGCCUACUUUGUAUAUAUGUAUAAUUAAUACUCAAUUAAUUUUAUAAAAAUUUAUUUCCUUUAAUUUAAUUAAAUUUAAAUUUAAUUUUAUAAAUUUUAAUUAAGUAAAAAAUUAUAUUAAGCCAAUUAAUAUUUUUAAUUUAUAUUAGUUAAAUUUACAUUAAACCAAUAUAUUAUUUUAAUCGAAAUUAGUUAAAUAAUUAAAAAAAUACUUUUUUUUAUUUUAAUGGCGUUAAAAUUAUUAUAAACCAGUAUAUAGGUAAGCUCAAUUUUUGAUUUAAACUAAUUUCAUACAAAAUUUAUUAUUUAAAAACAUAUUUUUCCUUAAUUUAUAUAGACAUUAAGUCGUAUAUUUUAAUUUUAUUAUAAUUAUCUAUUAAGCUCAGCUUAGCAAAGUUUUUUUAUGAUAAUGUGUCAUUUAAAACUAAUAUUAUCUUAUUAAAAGUUUUUUGUUUAAUGCUUUAACUUUAAAAAGUGAAAUAAAACAACAAUUUUACAUAAUUUUUAAAAUUAAAACUAAAAUUUAAUGAUUAGGAUGUUAUUUUAAUUUAAACUUUUAUCUCAAAUUAAAGAAUCAAUUAAAGUAUUUUUAAUUCUUAAUUAAAUAUUUAAAUACUUAAUUGAAACAAAUUUUUAAUUUGAAAUAAUUAAUUUUUUAAACCUUUUUUCAAUCAAAAAUUAACUAUUUAUUUUUUAACUAAAAAAAAUAUAAAAAUAUUAUUAAAAUUAAGGUACAAUAAAUAUACCAACACUAAGUUUAAUUUAAUGUAAUUAAACUAUAUAAACAACAAUAAAAUAUUUCACUUUAAAAAAUUUAAAAAAAUAUUUUUUGCAAGAUUCAAUUUUUGAAUUCUUCUUAUUUAAGGUAUUAAGUUUAAAUUUAAUUUAUAUAAUUUUUGCAACUGUCGAACGCUUUCAAGCUUUUCUGCAUCUUUCAUUUUUCCAACUCCAAUGAAAUUCCACUAUUUGGUAGACCAAACAGUUCCCAAACACAGAGAAAAAAAAAUCAAGAACGAUAACAAAAUACAUACACUUUUAAAAACCAACAAUAAAACACUUUUGAACAGGUUUUUAGAAAUUUAAAUAUUAAUAUCUGUAAAUAUUGUAAAGAGAGGAUGACCACACGCACACACUCACACACACUUACAAAAAAAUUUAAAAGACUCAAUCAUCAUACAAAUCGCACACGAAAUCAUUGAACUUUUAAACUUACAAUUGACUUUUGAAUGUAGAAUUUAGUAAAUUUCAAAUCAAAUACUUCGUUAUGAUUUAAGGACACUCAACAACCACAAACAACAACUUUCACCUUCCUUCCUUCAAAUAGCAGAGCAAAUAAAUCUUCUGUCAUGAAGCAACAACCAUUUCAUAAAAACAAAUAAAAUCGCAAACCAAUUACACACACAUACAGACACAUACUACAAAACAAAUAAACAUGGAUAUAAAAGCAAAAGCAACCACAACAAAUAUAACCAACAACAAAAAUAGUUGAUAUGUAUGUACUAAGCGCUCCAAGCAGCAGUAAAAUUAAAUGAGUGUUUUUAAUUGUCUGAGCAUUAUUUUCGAUGGAAAUUACAAUUACAGUUACAAUAUUUACAUUAAUAUAUAUACAUAUACUAUAUAUAAAAUAAAAAACGACAAACCCGAUAAAUGGAAGAUAUGCAAAUAUGAAAAACAAUAAAUUUAACAAAUGUGUACACUAAACACCGCAAAUACAUUAAUAGAUGAACAAAAACAAAAGACAACAACAGAAACAAAAACAAAA